UGACCCAACCCGCGGGGGCAAGCAAAAUCGCCACACACGUUGAGAUGAGCGGGCAAAGUGGGCUGCGGCGCUUGCGCAGCAUCUUCAGGCCGGGACUUUUCAAGAACAAAGUGGCCGUGGUAACAGGAGGAGCAACGGGGAUCGGGAAGGCCAUCACUGAGGAGCUUCUCUAUUUGGGUUGCAGCGUCACAAUAGCCUCUAGAAACGAAGAGAACCUGAGGAGCGCUGUCAACGAUAUGCGAAGCGGACUAUCGCACCAAGACGGUCAGCCUCGCAUCUCCUUCAUAACCUGCAACGUUCGCAGUGAGGAACAGGCAGACCAAAUCUCGUUAAAAGGAUGGAAUGCUGUCGUCGAUACCAACCUAACUGGGAACUUCCUCGUCUCAAGAGAAGCUUACAGCCAGUGGAUGAAAGAGCAUGGCGGAUCGAUUGUCAACAUCACGAUGGACAAUACGCGUGGCUUUCCCUUGGCAUCACAUUCUGGAGCUGCGCGAGCUGGUGUGGAGAAUCUGACGCGUUCUCUGGCCGUGGAAUGGGCCGAAAGUGGAGUUAGGAUCAACGUGGUCGCUCCCGUGAGUGUUGGGUAUACGCCGGGUUCUGGGACAGUUCACCAGCACACUUUCUUUGUUCAUGUAGGGACCCAUCUACUCCGCUACGGCAGCAAAAAACUACAAAGGGGACUUUUUUGA